UAACAGAAGAAGAAGUUGCUGCAGGAUGAAAAUAUGGCUGCACCCCUUUUUGCACCGCCAGGGCCUGACAGCUUCAAAUACUUUACCAGGGAAUCUCUGUGUGAAAUUGAGAAGCGCAUUGCUGAGGAGAAAGCCAAGCCACCACCUAAGCCAGACAGCAGUUACCGUGACGAUGAUGAUGAGAACAAGCCCAAACCCAACAGUGACCUGGAGGCGGGCAAGAGUCUGCCCUUCAUCUACGGAGACAUCCCUCGUGGCAUGGUGGCAACGCCACUGGAGGACUUGGAUCCUUUCUACAUGAAUAAGAAAACGUUUAUAGUGCUAAAUAGAGGGAAAACAAUCUUCCGCUUUAGUGCCACAUCUGCCUUGUACAUGAUAAGCCCUUUUAAUCUUGCUAGGCGAAUAGCUAUUAAAAUUUUGAUACAUUCAGUAUUCAGCAUGUUCAUCAUGUGUACAAUUUUGACCAACUGUGUGUUCAUGACGUUUAGUAACCCUCCUGAGUGGUCCAAACAAGUAGAGUACACCUUCACUGGAAUUUAUACGUUUGAAUCAGCUGUAAAAAUCAUUGCCCGUGGAUUCUGUAUAGAUGGCUUCACAUUCCUUAGAGAUCCAUGGAACUGGCUGGAUUUCAUGGUCAUCUCAAUGGCAUAUGUAACAGAGUUUGUGGACCUGGGGAAUGUAUCUGCGCUGAGAACAUUCAGAGUUCUCCGAGCAUUGAAAACUAUCUCUGUCAUUCCAGGUCUGAAGACCAUUGUUGGUGCUUUGAUCCAGUCGGUGAAGAAGCUGUCAGAUGUGAUGAUCCUCACAGUGUUCUGCCUCAGUGUCUUUGCCCUCAUUGGUCUGCAGCUCUUCAUGGGAAAUCUGCGACACAAGUGUGUCAUCUGGCCCAUCAACAUUACAGAAAUGUACCACGGCAAUGGCAGCCAUGCCUUCAAAUGGGAUGAGUACAUCAUGAAUGAGACCAAUUUCUACUUCCUACCUGGUGCAUUGGAUGCUCUUUUAUGUGGAAACAGCUCUGAUUCAGGUCGCUGUCCUGAAGGCUACACAUGCAUGAAGGCUGGUCGCAAUCCAAACUAUGACUACACCAGCUUUGACAGCUUUGGCUGGGCUUUCCUGGCUCUCUUCCGUCUCAUGACACAGGACUAUUGGGAGAAUUUGUACCAGCUGACCCUACGAGCAGCAGGGAAGACCUACAUGAUUUUCUUUGUGUUGGUGAUCUUUGUUGGCUCGUUUUACCUUGUGAAUCUGAUCCUGGCUGUGGUGGCCAUGGCAUAUGAGGAGCAGAACCAGGCCACUAUGGAAGAGGCAGAGCAAAAGGAGGCGGAGUUUAAAGCCAUGCUGGAACAGCUGAAGAAACAUCAGGAGGAGGUGCAGCAGGCUAACGCCAUGGUGACAUCGGCGGGUACAGUGUCUGAAGAUGCGGUGGAGGAUGAUGGUGAAGAAGGAGGGAACUUGUCCUGCAGCUCAUCUGAGAUGUCUAAACUCAGUUCCAAGAGUGCUAAAGAGCGACGCAACCGCAAGAAGAAGUGGCGGCAGAAAGAGCAGGAUAAGGAGAAAGGGGACAGCGAGAAGUUUGUUAAAUCUGAAUCAGAUGAUGGAAGCAGAAGGAGCAGAUUCCGAUUCCCUGACAACCGGUUGGGCCGUAAGGGCUCUAUAAUGAACCAGUCUCUGCUUAGCAUCCCCGGCUCACCAUUCCCUUCGAGGCGUAACAGCAAGAGCAGCAUCUUCAGCCGCUUUAAGGACGGAGGCUCAGAGAACGAGUUUGCGGAUGAUGAACACAGCACGGUAGAAGAGUAUGACGAGCGGCGCGAUUCGUUCUUAAGCCCGCAGCGUCGCAGCAGCUACACGGGUUACUAUGGCAAGCGCAACAGCACUGUGGAUUGCAAUGGAGUGGUUUCUCUCAUCGGGCCGGGGCCUGGCGGACGCCUACUGCCUGAGCCAACCACUGAUAUUGAGAUUAAGAAGAAACUCUCAGGAUCUCUAAUGGUUUCUGUGGAGCAGCUAAACACAUCAUUUGGGCGCAAGGAGCGAGCCAACAGUGUCAUGAGUGCUCUAACCAACACAUUAGUUGAGGAACUGGAAGAAUCUCAAAGGAAGUGUCCACCAUGCUGGUACAAGUUUGCCAACACCUUUCUUAUCUGGGAGUGCAGCCCUGCAUGGAUAAAGAUUAAGGAGAUUGUGAACCUGAUUGUGAUGGAUCCUUUUGUGGAUUUGGCUAUCACCAUUUGUAUUGUGCUCAAUACUCUCUUCAUGGCCAUGGAGCAUUACCCUAUGACUGAGCAAUUUGAACAUGUGCUGAGUGUUGGAAACCUGGUGUUUACUGGAAUCUUUACUGCUGAAAUGUUUGCCAAACUGGUUGCAAUGGAUCCUUAUUACUACUUCCAGGAGGGCUGGAACAUCUUUGAUGGCUUCAUUGUGAGCUUGAGUUUGAUGGAGUUGGGAUUGGCGGAUGUGGAAGGUCUCUCUGUGCUGAGAUCAUUCAGAUUGCUUAGAGUGUUUAAGCUGGCCAAGUCAUGGCCCACCCUCAACAUGCUGAUAAAGAUCAUUGGUAAUUCAGUAGGAGCUCUGGGAAACCUGACCCUGGUGUUGGCCAUCAUCGUCUUCAUUUUUGCAGUGGUGGGCAUGCAACUGUUUGGGAAGAGCUACAAGGACUGUGUGUGUAAGAUCUCUAAGGAUUGUGAGCUGCCCCGCUGGCACAUGAAUGACUUCUUUCACUCUUUCCUAAUCGUGUUCCGGGUGCUAUGUGGAGAGUGGAUUGAGACCAUGUGGGACUGUAUGGAGGUGGCUGGACAAGCCAUGUGUCUCAUUGUCUUUAUGAUGGUCAUGGUCAUUGGGAACUUGGUGGUCUUGAAUCUGUUCCUUGCCUUGCUGCUGAGCUCAUUCAGUGCAGACAACCUGGCAGCUUCCGAUGACGAUGGUGAGAUGAACAACCUGCAGAUCUCAGUGAUCCGCAUUAAGAAGGGAAUUGCCUGGGUGAAGGCCAAAGUUCGGGAACUAGUAAACAUCAUCCUCAGAAGGCAGGUCACAGAUGAGGCAAAGCCGCUAGACGACAUGUACGACCGUAAGCUGAACUGCAUUGCUAAUCACAUGGGUGUAGACAUCAGCCGUGACCUGGACUAUCAGAAAAAUGGCAACGGAACCACCAGUGGUAUCGGCAGUAGCGUGGGCAAGUACAUGAUUGACGAUGACCACAUGUCCUUCAUACACAACCCCAACCUGACUGUAUGUGUGCCCAUUGCCGUGGGCGAGUCGGACUUUGAGAAUCUCAACACAGAAGAUUUCAGCAGUGAGUCUGAGGCAGAGGGAAGCAAAGAAUUGGAUGAAAUCAGCUCAUCGGAAGGCAGCACCAUAGAUAUUAAACCAGAGGUAGAGGAAGCAGUGGUUGUGGAGGCAGUAGAAGAAUAUGUUGACCCAGAAGCUUGCUGGACUGAAGCUUGUGUGGCCCGUUACAAGUGUUGUGAUGUGCCCAUCACUGAGGGUUGGGGAAAGAAAUGGUGGUUCCUCCGGAAGACCUGCUAUCUCAUUGUGGAGCACAACUGGUUUGAAACCCUCAUCAUCUUUAUGAUCCUCCUCAGUAGUGGAGCAUUGGCCUUUGAGGAUGUGUACAUUGAACAGAGGAAGACUAUCCGUAUCAUCCUGGAGUAUGCUGACAAGGUGUUCACCUACAUCUUCAUACUGGAGAUGUUGUUAAAGUGGGUGGCCUAUGGUUUUGUCAAGUACUUUACCAAUGCUUGGUGCUGGCUGGACUUCUUCAUUGUUGACGUGUCUAUAGUCAGCCUUAUAGCUAAUGCGCUUGGCUACUCCGAUCUAGGGCCCAUUAAAUCACUCAGGACACUAAGGGCCCUGAGACCCCUCAGAGCAUUGUCACGUUUUGAAGGGAUGAGGGUGGUAGUCAACGCCUUGGUGGGUGCCAUCCCUUCCAUUAUGAAUGUGUUGCUGGUUUGCCUCAUCUUUUGGCUGAUUUUCAGUAUCAUGGGUGUCAACCUGUUUGCGGGCAAGUAUUACUAUUGCUUCAACGCGACCUCUGAAGAAUACUUCCUACCCGAAGAGGUCAACAACAAAUCACAAUGCGAUGAACUGAGACAACAGAACUUCACUGAGGUGCGCUGGAAGAACGUCAAAAUCAACUUUGACAAUGUUGGCGCUGGUUACUUGGCUCUACUUCAAGUGGCAACCUUCAAGGGAUGGAUGGACAUAAUGUAUGCAGCAGUUGACUCGCGAAAGGUGGAAGACCAACCCAAAUAUGAGGACAACAUCUACAUGUACAUCUACUUUGUCAUAUUCAUUAUAUUUGGCUCCUUCUUCACCCUCAAUCUUUUCAUUGGUGUCAUCAUUGAUAACUUCAACCAGCAGAAGAAAAAGUUUGGAGGUCAGGACAUCUUUAUGACAGAGGAACAGAAGAAGUACUAUAAUGCUAUGAAGAAGCUUGGCUCCAAGAAACCUCAGAAACCCAUACCUAGACCCCAGAACAAGCUCCAGGGGAUGGUGUUUGACUUUGUUACACAGCAGGUCUUUGAUAUUUCUAUCAUGAUCCUCAUCUGUUUGAACAUGGUCACCAUGAUGGUUGAGACAGACGAUCAGUCACCGGAGACUGAAAACAUCCUCUACUGGAUCAACUUCAUCUUCAUUGUGGCCUUCACUUCUGAGUUUGUCCUUAAGCUCUUCGCACUGCGUCAUUAUUACUUUACCAAUGGCUGGAACAUCUUUGACUGUGUUGUGGUUAUUCUUUCUAUCGUGGGUAUGUUCCUGGCAGACUUGAUUGAGAAGUACUUUGUGUCACCAACAUUGUUCAGGGUAAUCCGUCUAGCUCGAAUUGGACGUAUCUUGCGUCUGAUCAAAGGGGCAAAGGGCAUUCGUACUUUAUUGUUUGCCCUGAUGAUGUCGUUGCCUGCUCUUUUUAAUAUCGGCCUUCUACUUUUCUUGGUCAUGUUCAUAUUUUCUAUCUUUGGCAUGUCAAACUUUGCCUAUGUUAAGCGGGAGGCUGGCAUAGAUGACAUGUACAAUUUUGAAACAUUUGGAAAUAGUAUGAUCUGCCUGUUCAUGAUAACCACCUCGGCGGGGUGGGAUGGUCUUCUGGCUCCCAUUCUUAACUACGAUCCAGACUGCGACCCAAAUAAGGAGAAUCCAGGUACAACAGUGAAAGGUGACUGCGGAAACCCUUCGGUGGGCAUCUUCUUCUUUGUCAUGUACAUCAUUGUGUCUUUCCUCAUUGUGGUAAACAUGUACAUUGCCAUCAUUCUGGAGAACUUCAGCGUUGCCACGGAGGAGAGCUCUGACCCACUAUGUGAGGAUGACUUUGAGUCCUUCUAUGAGAUUUGGGAGAAGUUUGAUCCCACCGCCUCCCAGUUUAUCACUUUCGCCAAGCUGGGUGACUUUGCUGACACUCUGGAGCACCCGCUGCGCGUUCCCAAGCCCAACACUAAAGAGCUAAUCGCCAUGGACCUGCCCAUGGUGAGCGGCGACCGCAUUCACUGCCUAGACAUCUUGUUUGCCUUCACCAAACGUGUGCUGGGUGAUAGUGGCGACCUGGACAUGAUGCGGCUACAGAUGGAGGAGCGCUUCAUUGCUGCCAAUCCUUCCAAAGUGUCUUUUGAGCCAAUUACCACUACUCUGCGUCGUAAGCAGGAGCAUAUGUCUGCCGCGGUCAUCCAACGUGCUUACCGUGCCCAUCUUAUUCGACAAGGCUUCAUUUGCAAGCGGUUGCUCAGCAGCAGCAGGCUGGAGAAUGGUGGGACCAAUCAGGACAAGGAGGAGGACACGCCUUCUACUGCCUCGUUGCCAUCCUAUGAUAGCGUGACCAAACCUGAGAAUGAGAAGUUAGAGGAGAGUGAAGGCAAGGGCAAAAAGGGCAAAAACCAAAAAGAUGUCAAGGAAUCCAAGUGUUAGGAAUGAUGGUGAAAUGAGAUAAAUGAGAGUCUGGACUGAAACUAUCUAUUCCAACAAGUGUAUAGAAAAAAAUUAUUUGCAACAAAAAAAGGUUGUUUACAGGCAACAAAACCAUUGUUCAAAGAUGCACCAGAAGCAACUUGGUUUUUACCAAUGUAAUGAUGACCAAACCAACCUAUGAGCUUACUGUGCAACAUCUGUGUUCAGUGACCAAGAUUUUACUGUUCUAACUGCAGCCGACAAGGCAUAUACAAUGAGACACAAAAUUGUGACCUAUGGCAGACACCUACAAAUGUGUACAAAGAGAUGUUAAAGCUCAUAAGGAUUCCUUUGCACCACCAUGUGUGGAGUUCAGCAUUCCUCCUCUACGGACAUCCCUUUUAAACACUACACUGCCGAAAUCCAAUGGAAACCUCAUGAGAAAUCUUUCUCAUCCAAGGAGGAUUCUGGGAUGUUGUGUUUUAACCAUAGGAGAACCAGUAAUAACAAUGUUAACUCAAUUAUUUGGCGUGUCUGCAGGAAAAAAAAAAAAAACACAAAACAUUAUGCAAGGGUUUUCAGUUGUUUGUGGUGAAUAUAUCUUCACCUUAUUUGACCCACAAAAGAGUAAGCAAAACAAAUUUCAGCCCAUGCCAUUCAUCUUGUCAUCAUAUCUUUGUUAUACUUGCAGAAAAAAUACAUUUUAUACAUGGGCUUUCACAUUGAUAUUGGGUUGGGGGAUUGUCAGGGUUUUGACUUGGGCUGAAAGGGACUUAGACAGAGUUCCAGAUAAAUAAAUAAUAAAGUGCUCGUUCAAUGCAUAGAGAUGACUUGCAUGGUGGCAUGUUUUGAUCAUGAAUCAUGCAUGUAUAAUCAUAGUCCAUUUGGCACUGCUACUCAAACCACAUCAAUGGCUUGGCCAUACAUUGGAUACUGUCCACUAGUAAUUAAAUUAAAUAGAUAUAGCUGGGAAAUGAUUGGUCAAUUGUAACAUAUUUUACUACUGGCUAUGACAAGUAUAUUUGUACUUACCCCUCAUAAUGCUUGCUUCCUGAUUAACCGAUUCUCACACCAUACUCACAUGGAGUAUUUUAAGGUGGUACAAUGUGGCAAAUGCAAAAGCCGAAACACAUUUGUACACCAAUUGAGGUGUUUCACUGCCAGUGGAAGGAGGAAGGGUUGUAAUGUUUGGAACGAUGAGCUAAUUUGGAGAAAGAUUACACUGAAAUCAAAUCUUGGGAUCAUAAACCUUGAUUUGUUACUGUGCACCAGCAAUACAAAAUGAUUCAACUGCCCCUCAAUACGCAGCUGAGGUUCCAGUAAGUUCUUAAAUAUGUCUUCAGAAGGUACAGCCACAAUGCCAUUUAAUCCUUAUAAUGCUUUGUCAGUCUGUCGGGACCAGGCCUCAAUGAUAGGCAAUGCAAUCUUUCUGGAAAUAGUUGUCUUCAUGUUCAUACAUACUCAUGUUUACCAUAAACGGUUUGCCAGUUUUGUUAGCAUCUUGUUUUGUUUGUCUCCCUUUUGAAUGAUCAAGUGGUUUAGAGUACUUGGUAAAGACCAGAAAAUAGCUUGGAUACAUCAUACACUCUGGCCUUACACAGCAGAAAAAUAAGGAAGGCAGCAGUUUUGGAAUGAAAUGAUGGGUACUUGUGUGGUCCGGUAGCAUGCAGUUUAUCUCAGUGAGAAAUUAUGAUUUUCACCUAUACUGGAAUUUGACAUUUUUUUUUUUUUUUUGUGCUACACAGGGCAACACUAAAUUGCAACCUCUUGAGCAAACUGCCAUCACUUCUUGCUCUGGGUGCAAAAUAAAUUGAUUAGAUUUACAGUAUUUCUUUUCUUGACAGCAUUUCCAGUAUUGUUUACUUUCUCAUUCUGUAAGGAUGAAUACUUAUUCAGGUGUGGGAUAGCCCAGUAUCUGUGCAUAGGGGGUUAAAGUGGACCACAGACAACAUGAUACCAUGCUCUGAGUGUUUUCUGAGUGUACAGGAGCGAGCACAUGACCAGUUUACAAACCCACUCACUGUACUUCUCAGACCUAUCUGUAGGUCUGCUUACUGCCUAGGGUCAACAAGUGUGUGUGCUGUGAACCAUAUGAAACCCAGUGAAACACUUAGACUACCAUGUAGUUUUCCCCCAAAUCCCAUUAUAGUUUAGAUGUGAAGGAGAAAAAAUUGAAAGAUCUCUCACACACUGUACGACAAGUUAAUGUAUAAUUUAAUGUACAGAUGGGGGCUAUGAUGUACAUGGCACAAUUGAUGAAAAGUUAAGAAUGAACUUUUUGAGUAAAACUAUAAGCAUUGUAAUAUAUUAUUUCUUUUGGCAUGCUUUGUUGUGGGUUUUGUAAAUACAGAAUUUUAAAGAAUUACUGCUAUUAAUCUAAUAAUAAAUUAUAACAGUGAUAUAGAAUGGCUUCCAGCUGAUGCCCUUGUCACAUAUUUUAAGUUUUUUUUCUAAAAAUUUUCACUUUUCUUAAAGGGGAUUGAAUGAUAUACUGUAUCAAGGAUACUCUAUUAGACAGCAUAUAUAUAUUAUACAUAUACAUAAACUGGCCGCCAAGUUUGGAAUAAUGUUCAGAUUUUGCUCAUAUGGAAAUAAAUUGGUACUUUUAUUCACCAAAGUGGCAUUCAACUGGUCACAAUGUAUAGUCAGGACAUUAAUAACAUGAAAAAUUACUAUUACAAUUUGAAAAGAAAAUUUCAGUGUUCUCAUCAAAAAAUCCUCCACGUGCAGCAAUAACAGCUUUGUAGAUCCUUGGCAUUCUAUCUGUCAGUUUGUCCAGAUACUCAGGUGACAUUUUGCCCCACUCUUCCUGUAGCACUUGCCAUAGAUGUGGCUGUCUUGUCGGGCAAUUCUCAUGCACCUUACAGUCUAGCUGAUCCCACAAAAGCUCAAUGGGGUUAAGAUCCAUAACACUCUUUUCCAAUUAUCUGUUGUCCAGUAUCUGUGUUUCUUUACCCACUCUAACAUUUUCUUUUUGUUUUUCUGUUUCAAAAGUGACUUCUUCUUUGCAAUUCUUCCCAUAAGGCCUGCACCCCUGAGUCUUCUCUUUACUGUUGUACAUGAAACUGGUGUUGAGCGGGUAGAAUUCAAUGAAGCUGUCAGCUGAGCACAUGUGAGGCAUCUAUUUCUCAAACUAGAUACUCUGAUGUACUUAUCCUCUUGUUUAGUUGUACAUCUGGCCUGCCACAUCUCUUUCUGUCCUUGUUAGAGCCAGUUGUCCUUUGCCUUUGAAGACUGUAGUGUACACCUUUGUAUGAAAUCUUCAGUUUUUUGGCAAUUUCAAGCAUUGUAUAGCCUUCAUUUCUCAAAACAAUGAUUGACUGAUGAGUUUCUAGAGAAAGCUGUUUCUUUUUUGCCAUUUUUGACCUAAUAUUGACCUUAAGACAUGCCAGUCUAUUGCAUACUGUGGCAACUCAGAAACAAAAACAAAGACAACGUUAAGCUUCAUUUAACGAACCAAAUAGCUUUCAACUGUGUUUGAUAUAAUAGCAAAUGAUUUUCUAGUACAAAUUAGCAAUUUAGCAUGAUUACUCAAGGAUAAGGUUAAGGAGUGAUGGCUGCUGGAAAUGGGGUCUGUCUAGAUUUGAUCAAAAAUUACUUUUUUCAAAUAGUGAUGGUGCUGUUUUUUACAUCAGUAAUGUCCUGACUAUACUUUGUGAUCAGUUGAAUGCCACUUUGGUGAUUUAAAAUACCAAUUUCCUUCCGAAACAGAAAAAUCUGUACAUUAUUCCAAACUUUUGGCUGCCAGUGUGUGUAUAUAUAUAUAUAUAUAUAUAUAUAUAUAUAUAUAUAUAUAUAUAUAUAUAUAUAUAUAUAUAUAUACUACCGGUCAAAAGUUUUGAAACACUUGACUGAAAUGUUUCUCAUGAUCUUAAAAAUCUUUUGAUCUGAAGGCGUAUGCUUAAAUGUUUGAAAUUAGUUUUGUAGACAAAAAUAUAAUUGUGCCACCAUAUUAAUUUAUUUCAUUACAAAACUAAAAUGUAAUAAUAAAAAAAAAGUUUUUGAAAUUGAUGACUUGGACAAAAUAAUAAAGAAAAGCAGCCAAUAAGUGCCCAACAUAGAUGGGAACUCCUUCAAUACUGUUUAAAAAGCAACCCAGGGUGAUACCUCAAGAAGUUGGUUGAGAAAAUAUCGAGUACAUGUCUGCAAAUUCUAGGCAAAGGGUGACUACUUUGAAGAUGCUAAAAUAUAACACAGUUUUGAUUUAUUUUGGAAAUGUGUUUAGUCACAACAUAAUUCCCAUAGUUCCAUUUAUGUUAUUCCAUAGUUUUGAUGACUUUUAUUCUAAAAUGUGAUAAAAAAUUAUAAUAAAGAAUAAGUGUUUCAAAACUUUUGACUGGUAGUGUAUAUAUGAAAGGAUAUACAAAUGAGCACUGUAACGUUUAAUUUAUAUGCAACAUGUCCAGUGGAUGUCAAAAAAUGUAUGUUAUCAGCGCUGCUUUGAUAUUUUAACCUGAUACUGUAUGAUGAGAGGGUUAUGCUACCAGCACACCUCUGUAUUCCUUGCUUUAUUGACACACAUACAAUCACAUUUACACAAAAAUGCACAUGAAUGCUCAGUCCUGCCUAUGGACAUUUUGUAGUCACCCACCCUAGCCUGAAAUUCAAAAAACAGUCACAGAGUUGGUCAUGUAUUCUACUCUAAACGCCUCUCCAAACACUUCAGUGCCGAAACUCGUCGGCCUGAACAACAGUUUUAUAUCCAUUUCUUAUCCGGAUUUUAUGUGUUUCAGUGGUCUGUUUCUACUAGUGCUACUUCACUAAUUGUUGUGUGCCUUUUUCUGCAUUUUCUCCAUGUUCCUACAUUUUCUAAAUUGUAUUUUAUGGCAGUUUUGGAGGAUGGUGCCAUAUUUAACAUUUCGUUUAUGGAGGGGAAAGAGAGGAGAAAACAAAAUGGAGCACAAUGCAAAUCAGGGACUAUAGUCUGAACAGGGCAUCUGGUUUAUUGCCAGAGGAAUACUGAAAACAAACCAAGAAACAAGCCCACUUCUUCUAGAUUUGAUGUUACAAAAUCUUCUGAUGUUCUGUUUUCUGUACUUUGUGUAUCAACCACUUGGCUUGUAAAAAGAAUAGCUCUCCUUCAGACGUUUGUGUUCUUUCCAUCUUUGAAACUCACUUUUGUGUCUAUAUUCAGUUACUGGACUUCCAUUUUUAGCAUGACUAAAAUGCUUUUCCGUUUUGCUGAAAAGAUUUCAAAAGUGCUUUUCAAACUGUUGUUUUGUUUAAACGUGUUGUAGGAGGACAUAUAAUGGUGUGUAUGGCACAACCACUGGAACUCUUAGUAAGAACAUAUAAGAGAUUGUCUUCAUUUGAGCACGAAACUUUUUAUUAACAAUAAAGCAGCCUUCCAGUUGCACACAGUGUUCAGUUAUUUUAUUGAACUUCAAUGGGAAGCCAUGGACAUCAUGUCAUUCCUACCAGCCUGAUGAGUCACUCUCACUUAAAUUGAAUCCACUCAUGGAAUUUAUCAUAUCAAGGAAUCAGACCA